UGCAUACAGCCAAACACAGGCGGCUGCCAUUACAAUCACUCCCAUAAUUCAUUCACUCUUUGACUCCACCACACACUAAGGCAAUGAUUAAGCAAGUUCUAGCCGGAGUUUCGGAUUCCGACAAGAAGAAAAAGAUCUUCUUCGCGGUUUUUGCUUCAAUCCUACUUAUCGCGGUUGUUAUUGGCAUUGCGGUUGGAGUUAACUCCAAAACCACCCACACUCAAUCCGAGAACAUAAAAGCGUCCUCGGCUCAUGCCAUUGUGAAAUCGUCAUGUAGCGUCACCCUCCACCCCGACCUAUGCUACUCCACGCUUUCUAGCGUCCCUGACAUGACCGAAAAGGUCAAAACAUCAAAAGAUGUCAUCGGACUGGCUCUCAAUCAAACAAAAGCGCGAAUCCAAAGAAACAAGUUAAUCAUAAACACACUUGCGGCUAGGACCAAUCUCACAAAACGUGAGAAGGUCGCUCUACAUGACUGUCAGGAGAUGGUUGACGAUACACUAGAAGAACUAGACGAAGUCAUAGGUUUCGUCAAGACAUAUCCUACUAAAAAGGGAAUUCGUCGACGUGUUGACGACAUGAUUACUUUUAUGAGCACCACUAUAACCAACCAGGAAACAUGCAUAGACGGGUUCUCCCACGGCAAACGCGAAAGAGACUUUCGUGAAUUGUUUAUCGACAGUGAGAUCAAUGCGCAAAAGAUGUGUAGCAAUUCGUUGGCCUUGAUUAAAAACAUGACCGACACAGACAUGGCGGACCAAGUGACGAUGAAUAAGAGAAAGUUAAUGAGCGAGGACGAUGAAAAGUGGCCGAAGUGGUUAUCCGCGGGAGACAGAAGAUUGUUGCAGUCAGGGACCGUGACACCUAACGUGGUUGUGGCAGCGGACGGUAGUGGCGACUUUACAACGAUUUCUGCAGCCGUUGCGGCUGCUCCAAAUAGAAGCACGACGAGAUACGUGAUUAGGAUAGCCGCAGGGGUGUACCGCGAAAACGUGGAUAUCCCGAGUAGUAAACGGAACUUGAUGUUUCUUGGGUCCGGAAGAACGACAACGAUUAUCACGGCAAACCGUAGUGUUGCUGGUGGCACUACCACAUUCAAUUCUGCUACUGUAGCUGCUGUCGGCGCGGGGUUCCUUGCACGCGGUAUAACCUUUCAAAACACGGCAGGCCCAUCGGGCCAACAAGCGGUGGCACUACGAGUCGGGUCAGAUCUCUCUGCAUUCUACCGCUGCGGCAUGAUAGCAUACCAAGACACUCUAUACGUCCACUCCAACCGUCAGUUUUACAUCAACUGUUUCAUAGCCGGCACUGUAGACUUCAUCUUUGGCAAUGCGGCGACCGUUUUGCAAGAUUGCGACAUCCAUGCGCGUCGACCGAACCCAAACCAAAGGAAUAUGGUCACGGCUCAGGGCCGAAGCGACCCUAACCAAAACACGGGGAUUGUGAUUCAAAAGUCAAGAAUUGGAGCCACCGACGAUUUACUAGCUGUGCAAGCAAGCUUUCGGUCAUACUUAGGGCGGCCAUGGAGGAAUUUCUCGAGAACGGUUGUAAUGCAAUCGGAAAUAAGCAAUGUGAUAGACCCGGCAGGAUGGUUUCCUUGGGACGGGGAUUUUGCGCUUGCUACUUUGUAUUAUGGGGAGUACCAGAACACUGGGGCGGGGGCAGAUACGUCGAAUAGAGUGACGUGGCCUGGGUACAGGGUGAUUACGAAUGCUACGGAAGCUCAAGGUUUUACCGUCGGAAACUUUAUUGACGGUGGUGAUUGGUUAGGGAACACUGGCUUUCCGUUCUCGCUUGGGCUGUGAGGUUUCAAUUAUGUUGAAUAUGUUGUUUGAAAUAUUGUGACAUUGUUCGACGAUAAAGUUAUAAGUUAAUGUCGAGUGUGUUCUAUUUACAGAAAAUAUGUUCUUUGGUGUCGUCAAAUAUGAGGCUUUGACA